CUCCAAGUUGGAGGUGUGGUCUUGUCCCACUGAAAAGGGGUCGAGGAGUGAGUACAGUUACAACUUCCAAGUUGUAACUUCCAAGAAAACUAGUCUCAUGCUUCCACUCCACUAGCACAAAACAACCCAUUCUCAAAAGGAGGAAGAAAGAACAAAAUUGGUUCAAAUAUUUCGAAAUUGUUUCAUUUUUGUUUUUCAGUUGUGGGUUGAAUUCCAUGGACUCGUUUGAGGACGGUGGUUGGGAUCUUCUUGACUACUGUAUCCUUGAAGAUGCUACUUCAGCUGAUUACUUUUGGGCCGAUCAGAGUCCUUCUAGGGAAAUCAAUGCUUUGGUUGUUGACACGGUUUCCACAGAAAAGAGAUGCAAAAGGGGAAGGGAAAAGGGUGAACGUUGUAGCAGAGCAGAAUCUAAAGCAUGUCGUGAGAAAAUGCGGAGGGAGAAAAUGAAUGACAGGUUCUUGGACCUCAGCUCUCUUUUGGAACCUGGGAGGCCUCCCAAAACUGAUAAAUCUUCUAUCCUCAGUGAUGCAAUUCAUGUUCUGAACCAGCUAAGAACUGAAGCUCGGGAGCUUAAAGGAAAAACUCAAAAGCUUCGUGAAGACAUUAAAACUUUGAAGGCAGAGAAGAGUGAACUCCGUGAAGAGAAACUUAUCCUGAAGGCAGAUAAGGAGAAGAUGCAACAGCGGGUGAAAGCCAUGAAUGUUGUACCUCCUGGAUUUGUGCCUGCCCAUCCAUUAGCAUAUCAAGCUGGAGCAAACAAGAUGGUGGGCUUUCCCAGUUACGGUGGGUUCCAGAUGUGGCAAUGGAUUCCCCAAACUGUGCUUGAUACAUCCCAAGAUCAUGUGCUCAGACCUCCUGUAGCUUAGUGAUGCAUGAUACAUGGAUAUCACUAAUUUUCCUUAUUUAAAGUUGUUUAAUUAUACAGCAUCUGAAACCUCUCUUAUGGUUUGAAUGCUUGCUGACAAGAUAGUUAUCCUAAUUUGGUUAUUGCUAUCAACACUGACCUGGCUCCCUCUUCAUUUUUGGGAAUUGAGUUUUUCACUUGUAUGGC